UCGGAGUCGUCCACAUGCCGCGAGCUUGAGGCUGGGGCAGCCUGGGCAUAAAAUGCUAUAGCGGCUGACUUCGCCGCCACUAGGAGCGGGAGCUGCGCACAGAGUGACACGGAGUCUGCACCUUCACACCGCGGACACCGAGCAGGCCCCGAGCCGGCCUCUGACAGUACACCGCCAUUACCACCGCCCGUAACCACCUGCCCCGGCUCUCCCCGCUCGGUUUCUGAUGAAGGCAGCCCGGCAUCCCUGAGCCCCAGCCCGCCGCACCGACACAGAGCGCGAGAACCGAGCCGGCUGCCAGAGCCCGCGGUGUGACCCCCGGCAGGAGCCGGCACUGUAUGGGAAGCGGCCCGUGCUGAGCUGCGGAGUGUGAUCGGACCCCGUACCGUGUGUCUGUCCGAGGUCCCGGGGGGGAGAGCGGCUGCGGCCAUGGAGAACGCACACACCAAGACGGUGGAGGAGGUGCUGGCUCACUUCAACGUGAACGAGAGCACGGGACUCGGCCUGGAGCAGGUCAAAAAACAGAAGGAGAGAUGGGGCCCCAACGAACUACCCGCAGAGGAAGGUAAAACGUUAUGGGAGUUGGUGAUUGAACAAUUUGAAGAUUUAUUAGUUAGAAUUUUGCUUCUUGCUGCUUGUAUAUCAUUUGUAUUGGCAUGGUUUGAAGAAGGGGAAGAAACAAUUACAGCUUUCGUAGAACCUUUUGUAAUUUUACUUAUAUUGGUAGCAAAUGCCAUUGUGGGUGUUUGGCAGGAGCGAAAUGCUGAAAAUGCUAUUGAAGCUCUUAAGGAAUAUGAACCUGAAAUGGGCAAAGUCUACAGACAGGACAGAAAAAGUGUACAAAGGAUUAAAGCCAGAGAUCUUGUGCCUGGAGAUAUUGUUGAAGUUGCUGUUGGUGACAAAGUACCAGCUGACAUACGCCUUACAUCUAUCAAAUCCACAACUUUAAGAGUCGACCAGUCUAUUCUCACAGGAGAGUCUGUAUCUGUUAUUAAACACACUGACCCAGUCCCCGAUCCUCGUGCAGUGAAUCAAGAUAAAAAGAACAUGCUAUUUUCUGGUACAAACAUUUCUGCUGGCAAAGCUAUUGGUGUGGUAGUAGCUACGGGAGUAAACACAGAAAUUGGAAAAAUCCGUGAUGAAAUGGUAGCAACAGAGCAAGAGCGGACCCCUCUGCAGCAGAAACUUGACGAGUUUGGCGAGCAACUUUCAAAAGUUAUCUCUUUGAUUUGUAUUGCUGUUUGGAUCAUCAAUAUUGGGCACUUCAAUGACCCUGUCCAUGGAGGUUCUUGGAUGCGAGGGGCUAUUUAUUAUUUUAAAAUUGCAGUUGCCCUUGCAGUUGCAGCUAUCCCAGAAGGUUUGCCUGCUGUCAUCACCACUUGUUUGGCUUUGGGAACCAGGAGAAUGGCAAAGAAGAAUGCAAUUGUUAGGAGCUUGCCAUCAGUUGAAACACUAGGCUGUACAUCUGUGAUCUGCUCUGAUAAGACUGGUACUCUUACUACAAAUCAGAUGUCUGUGUGUAGGAUGUUUGUUGUGGAUAGAGUGGAAGGAGAUAAUUGCUCUCUACAUGAGUUUUCUGUAACUGGAUCAACAUACGCUCCCAUCGGAGAAGUGCUGAAAGAUGACAAACUUGUGAAAUGCCACCAGUAUGAUGGUCUGGUAGAGCUUGCUACUAUCUGUGCUCUUUGCAAUGAUUCUUCUUUGGACUUUAACGAGGCAAAGGGAGUGUAUGAAAAAGUUGGGGAAGCUACGGAGACUGCACUUACAUGUCUGGUUGAAAAGAUGAAUGUUUUUGAUACAGAGCUGAAAGGUCUAACAAGAAUUGAACGUGCAAAUGCUUGCAAUUCGGUCAUAAAACAACUGAUGAGGAAGGAAUUCACUUUAGAGUUUUCAAGAGACCGAAAAUCCAUGUCUGUGUACUGUACUCCAAAUAAACCAACCCGCACUGGCAUGAGCAAAAUGUUUGUCAAGGGUGCUCCAGAAGGCUUAAUUGACAGAUGUACCCACAUUCGUGUUGGAAACGCAAAAGUGCCUUUGACUCCAGGAGUGAAGCAGAAGGUUACGAGUGUAAUCCGGGAAUGGGGCUCUGGCAGAGACACCCUGCGUUGUUUGGCCCUGGCAACACAUGACAACCCACCAAGAAAAGAAGACAUGAAUCUUCAGGAAUCCUCCAACUUCAUUAAUUACGAGACUAACCUGACCUUUGUUGGCUGUGUGGGAAUGUUGGACCCUCCCAGAACAGAAGUGGCUGCUUCUGUAAAAAUGUGCAGGCAAGCAGGUAUUCGUGUGAUCAUGAUUACCGGUGACAACAAAGGAACUGCAGUUGCAAUUUGUCGUCGUGUUGGUAUCUUCCGUGAAGAUGAAGAUGUUACAGAAAAGGCUUUUACCGGCCGUGAAUUUGAUGAGCUAUCUCUGGCUGCACAGAGGGAUGCUUGUAUGAACGCUCGCUGCUUUGCUCGUGUGGAACCUUCACAUAAGUCUAAAAUUGUAGAGUUUCUACAGUCUUUUGAUGAAAUCACUGCCAUGACUGGUGAUGGAGUAAAUGAUGCACCGGCACUUAAAAAAGCAGAAAUUGGAAUAGCCAUGGGGUCGGGCACUGCAGUUGCUAAAACUGCUUCAGAAAUGGUCCUGGCUGAUGAUAAUUUCUCUACCAUUGUGGCUGCCGUGGAAGAAGGACGUGCUAUUUAUAACAACAUGAAACAGUUUAUUCGAUACCUCAUUUCCUCUAAUGUAGGAGAAGUUGUUUGUAUUUUCUUGACUGCUGCUCUCGGUUUCCCUGAAGCAUUAAUACCUGUUCAACUUCUUUGGGUUAAUCUGGUGACUGAUGGUCUACCAGCCACUGCACUGGGCUUCAAUCCUCCUGAUUUGGACAUCAUGAGCAAGCCUCCCCGCAAUCCCAAGGAGCCUUUAAUAAGUGGUUGGCUAUUCUUUCGAUAUCUAGCUAUUGGAUGCUAUGUCGGUGCAGCUACAGUUGGUGCAGCUGCUUGGUGGUUCAUUGCUGCUGAAGAUGGACCAAAAGUGACAUACUACCAGCUGAGUCAUUUUCUUCAAUGCAAAGAAGAUAAUCCUGACUUUGACGGUGUCAACUGUACAAUUUUUGAAUCUCCCUAUCCAAUGACGAUGGCUCUCUCUGUUCUUGUUACCAUAGAAAUGUGCAAUGCUCUGAAUAGCUUGUCAGAGAACCAGUCGUUGUUGAGAAUGCCUCCGUGGGAAAAUGUUUGGCUGCUGGGCUCCAUCUGCUUAUCGAUGUCACUACAUUUCCUUAUUAUUUAUGUAGAGCCAUUACCGCUCAUCUUCCAGAUCACCCCGUUGAACUUGGUUCAGUGGCUCAUGGUGCUGAAGUUCUCAUUACCAGUUAUACUUCUGGAUGAGACCCUUAAAUUUAUUGCCCGUAACUACUUGGAACCUGAACAACUGGAGUAAUCCCCUUUAACAAUUUUGCAGAAAUGUAAGGUUGCGUUGUUGCGUGCGUGUGUGUUUAAGCAAGCUACCAAAAGAAAAUGAAAAAAGCCCUCUGCAUGUAUCAAAAAAUAAAUCUUUUCCCUUUUUUUUGAGAGAGAAAAAAAAAAUGUUUUGGAAGCUUCAACCGAGAGGAUUAUGCGCUUCGCAGAGAAGAUGCAAUAUUUGUCUUUUAAAUAGAGGAAAUAGAUUCUGGAGAGAUGAGCGUAUUCCCUCUAGCAACAAAACUGAGUAGUCCCAAGCAGUAUAGCCAAGUUUCCAUGUUUCCCGCCAUGUAAAAUAUAUCAGUAGAUCACGUAGUGCAUGCUUUCAGUUGUAAGUAGUCAAAUGUCUGUAUUGUAUCAUUUUCAUUAUAAACCGCUAUGUACAAUAAUGCACUUCUAUUUAUAAAUUUCAUUAAAAAGCUGCAGAUGUUGAAUGUUUUAAAAUGUAAAACUCCAGUUCACCAUUUCAUAUGUUGAUUUAUUUUUUUUAAACUCGUUUUCAGUGUGCAAAUUUCAUUUUUUUUGCACUGUAAUAAUGUAACUUAUUAAAUUAACUAUAAAGUGGUUAUAACAGAUUUUGGUGCAAUACGAAUAUUGUGAUGCUUCUAUUAAGAGAAAAUGUCAGUUACUGCAAAAGCAUGUUUGGCCUUCUAGAUAAUUGUAAAUAAGUUCAGUUGUUUAAUCAAUGCUGACAUAAGCAUCAUAAAAUUGUUAUGGUUUCAGGUAAAUAAAAGUUUGUUCUAUUACAGACUCUCUAUUUA